AUGUCGGACUCUGAAGUGAGUCGAAUGGACUCCAUUAGUCAAGAAUACGCUGACAGUAGCGUAUCUACGAAGGAAUCGGACAACUCGCUCCGCAGUAGAAAAAAGAGAGGUAAGAAGAAGAAGCGUGAGCAGCUUAGCACGUCCGAGGAUGAAGCGCGGAUCAAGAAGCUGAUUCUGAUGGCCAGGGAUUCAGAAUCCAGCACCGCGUCCGCCGGACCAGAUGCUGUGGCUCGCGUCUCGAAAGCAGCCGAAACCGAUGCCUCUACUACCGCCGAUGGACCAGCUGUCACCAUCGCCGCCGUACCUGCCGAAAAGGCAGCUGUUCUUGCAGCUGCAAAUUCAGAUGCCUCUGCCGCUACCGUUGCCGCCCUACCUGCCGUAAAGACAGCUGAAAAAGCAGCUGUUACUGCCCACUCCGUCGCCUCAGUACCUGCUGCUACCGUCGUCGCGGGAACUACUGCUGCCGCAAAAAUUGCCCCUACUAUCGCCGCUGGAAUUGCUGCUACCCUAGACACCGCCAUCAUGCCGCCCCCCUCUACGGCAAUAAAAACUACCGUCCACGCCGUACCACGAUGCUCUGCAGAGAGCAUCGUGGCUGGUGGCAGUUCCGCCAUUAUAGCGGAGCUGUCCGUCAUGGCGCGCAUGGAGCCCGAAGCCGCCAUACCAAUCUUCGACGCUGUAGCAAACGCUACCACCUGCUGCACCAAGCUCGGUCGCCCAAAGAGCUCCUGCCGCCGCACCACGGGUCCGGAAGCCACCGAUGUCAUACUCGGCAAUAAAUCAAACUCAACCACUCCCAAGCCCAAGAGAAGCCCCAAGGGGCCCGCUCUGGUUACAUCUAACGUGCUCUUACGUGCCGCAAAGGGCACUCCAAAUUCAUCAUCUCCUAAGGAGGAUAUUGGAAAAAAUGAACCUGCAAGUUCCACUCCCAAAUCGGGCUUUCGCCCUGUUAUAAAUUCAACAACGGUUGUACGAUGGUCAGGUGAUUUUCAUGCACCAGUACAGCCAUAUAACCCAACAGUUUCGGAGGCGGCAAACUCGGGAAGCAAUACGGCGUCGCUAUACAAGCGCGCUACUGCACCCCACACCUCGCCAAAAACGAGGACAAUUCGCUCCAGUGCUGUUGUGCGACGCACCUCGGCCUCGGCUAGGGCUGCUCAACAUGAUAACCUAAGGCCUGAUGUUCAGGAUCAAUCCAGAUCAGACCUUAUUGAGCUGGAGUCAAAUGAGGAAGAUUUAGACAGCGACUCGUCUCACAUGGUGGGUGCGAGUGCUCUUCCCGCUUCACCGCCAAAUCAGCAUAACGCCAGUCAGAAUGAUGUUGCCGAGCCCAUUCCCCUGCAGUCUGAUGACUUGGAGAAUCAGGAUACAAUGAUAGACUCCGAUCUCAUGAAAAUUUCCUGGUACGAGGAUUACUUCGUGCAGGAGGAUCACUUUUUAUAG